AGCUGUCUGCCGGAUAAAACAACAAAUUAAUCGGACCGCCGUGUCAUGGGAAUACUGUUCGCACGGGGCGACCGGCCCGGUGGAUCUGUUUUUUGAUGGAAAGCAUGUCACCGCAGCAGCAGCAACAGCAACAGCAGCAACAGCAGCAGCAGCAACAGGGCACCGCCACGGGUCGGAGCGACUCCGACUCUGUGGCCGGGAAAAACGCGCCGCUCCCGGAUAAUAAAAAGAAGAUGAAGACUUUGGCUCAGAGAAGACAAUCUGCUCCCUCAUUGGUCAUCAGCAAAGCACUGACCAGGUCCAGAAGCACAUCAAGGGAGAGCUGCCUGACUCCGGUGAGUCCAGAGUCCUGCGGUCUGGUCCAGAGCUUCCUGAGCGAGAGUCCGGGCCAAGCCUUCCUGGGCCACGUUCAAGUCCAGAUGAAGACGGGCCUGCAGACCCAAGACAGACAUCUCUUCCUUUUCACUGACACGCUCGUCGUCACCAAGACCAAGUCUCCGUCUCACUUCAAGGUGAAGGCGAGAGUGCGCUCGUGCGAGAUGUGGACGGCGGGCUGCGUGGACGAGGUGUGCGAGGGCAGCACCAGCCCGGAGAGAAGCUUCGUUCUGGGAUGGCCCACCUGCAACAGCGUGGCCACCUUCAGCUCCGAGGAGCAGAAGGAGAAAUGGCUGGCGCUCAUCAAAAGUCGUAUCACCGAGGGAAAAGAGAAGGACGACCCCAAGACGGUCCCACUCAAGAUAUUUGCCAAGGAUAUGGGAAACUGCGCUUAUGCCAAGACGCUGGCGGUCAACAACACAGACAACACCAACGAGGUCAUCAGCAUGGCACUCACGCAGUUUGGGAUAGCUGGUCACAUGAAGGAUCAUCGCUUGUGGGUGAGCUCCAGUAAGGACGAGCCUCCGUACCCGCUGAUAGGCCACGAGUUCCCAUUCAGCAUCAAGAUGAGUCACGUUCGAGACGGCGGGAGCGCUAGCGGAGAUGUGAGCGGUCCCUGCGAUUGUCCCGAGGUUCAGCUCCUGGACCGAUGUCUGCCUCCGGAAACCCAGUGUCACUUUAUACUCAGACCCAGCAAAGUCACGCACGGCACGGACGCCUUCGCAGACGCUGCCCCGCCAAAGUCGUUCAAGCGUAAACGCUCUCUGAUCAACUGGCCCUUCUGGAGGGGCUCCAGCAACCAGCUGGACACCGCGCCCCCACACAGUCCUACCUCGCCCGGCCCCGUCCCGGGUCACCUCUUCGGGCGGCCGCUUGCCUCCGUCUGCUCGGCGGACAGUGGCCUGCCCAAACCAGUAAUGGACAUGCUGGUGUUCCUGUACGUAGAGGGUCCAUAUACCCGUGGCGUGUUUCGGCGUUCGGCGGCAGCCAAGGCAUGCCGGGAGCUGCGUGAACAACUGGACGCCGGGACAGACAAUGGCGAGAUUACAGGCCAGUCCGUGUUUGUCGUGGCCGGCGUCCUCAAGGACUUCCUUCGCAGCAUCCCCGGCAGCCUGCUUUGUUGUGACCUUUACGACCAGUGGACGGCGGCGAUGGAGAGUGAGGGAAGCGACGACGUGACCGACAAAGUCUACAGCUUACUGCGCCUGCUGCCCGCUGAGAAUUUUCUGCUGCUGCGCCACGUGGUUGGCGUGCUGCACCGCAUCCAAGGCUUCGCUCACGACAACCAGAUGAAUGCUUUCAACUUAUCCGUCUGCAUCGCUCCCAGUAUGCUUUGGGCCUCCAUGCCCGGAACCCCCGAGAUGGAGGGGGAAGGCGCCAAGAGGGUGUGCGAACUGGUGCGCUUCCUCAUCGAGAAUUGCGCCGCCAUGCUGGGUGAUGAUGUCACUUCCCUGUUUUCUGCGUUCAGCCCAAAGGGCGGCGGCAGCGAGCACAGCUCCGAUGCGUCGUCGUUCCAAAUGAACGACUCGUCCUACGACAGCCUGGAGAACGAGCUGAACGACGAACCCGAGUCUCCGUGCCAGGACCAACUCCCUCUGCGCGACAAACCGGACAGCCGCAGCCGUGAUUCGGUCCUCACGCUCAGCGACUGCGAACCGGACGCCGAGGGCCCCUCCGCCGACCUCCUUCUGCAGCUGGCUCCCCUGGCCAGGCCCCGUCGCUUCAGCCCCGCCACGCGCCAGCCUCGCGCCCGCCACGCCAACGGAGCAUCCUCGCAGAGCGCCGGCCGGAGGCUGAGACGUAGCUCGGAGCCCGCCUUAGCCGUCCUCGCCGGGGGGCGCCAGCCGCUACGCAAGGCUAGCUAUGAUGCCGCCAUGGAGGGAGAGGAGGAAGAGGAGGAGUUCCUGGAGAAGGAGCUAAACGGGCUCCACCUGAACUCGGAGCGCGACCAGAACGGCGGGCGGCGGAAGAACAAGCACGUGCCUCCGCUGCGUCUAGACGCCAGCUGCUCGAGCCUCUCCUCGCCGGCCACGUCCCCUACCGGUUCCUCGCUCAGCUCCUUAGACUCUGCUUUCUCACAGUACUCCACCGAUUAUGGCAUCGCCCCGACAGGAGACGGCCCCCUCCGGUCUCCACGCUGCUCCCCGCCGCAGAAGGAUGCCCGCCCCGGCCACGGCGCCCACCCCAAUAUGUGGCUGAAGAAGGACCGUCGCCUCUCUUUGAAGCAGCCUCUCAACGGACAUGCGAGUGAGGAAUCGCUGCCCACUGGGACCCAAACCGGGACGCCCAACCGGCGGCCCGGCAGUCCUCCAUCCUACCAGCAGGCGCUCCUUCAACUACAGUGCACCUCGCCCUUCUACAAGGGGGCGGACAAGCCUCUAACGGUGCGAGAGCUCCGCCUCCUCCACAACACAGGAACUGACGCCGGCCAGCCCCCGAUGGGCGUUUUCUACGGACAAAGUGCCACCACUCUCGUGUUAAAACGCCAGAAGUCUCACUCUCUGACGCCGCCUGUCCAGAGCCGGACUCUGCCCCGCCGCCGGUCUGAGCCCUCUUGCCACCCCUCCAAAACCGCAACCCUGGACAGACCCCGGGCCCGCCUGAGGGUGUCGGACACUGAGCCCCUGUCGCCCUCCGCCGACCGUACCGUGCAGGACUACUUUUCGGCAAGUGGGGACGCGGCGGGCACCGCGCGGAGGAGCCAGGAGGUGGCGCUAGCCAUCGCCCAGGCCAAGAAGGAGUGGCGGAGUCGGCAGUGUAGCGAGCCGAGAUUGGACGAUUUUGACCAACUCUUCUUUGCCGAAGAGUCGUACGUGUAACUACCAACUUUGUACAUAGCCACUUUUUACCAGCUUUGUAUUACUCACUGUUGUCUAAAUAGCAUUUACGGUACCAGGGUGGGAGAUUUCCUAUAUUUCUAAAAAGGUACACAUGCACUUCCUGCUUAGCGCCAAAAUAAGAUGCGGUUUUGGUUUUGCUAAAAUGAAUAUCACAAAAAGAGGCAAGAGACGUUCCAUUUGCAUCCCGCCAAAAUAAGAGCAUUUUUACUUGACAUAAAGACAAGUUAAGAGCACGAAACACAGUUAAAACCUUUAAAAAUGACAAUGUCUUGCGCAAAUUGAGGUGCACUUGCUGGUGCCAUUUGUCUGUGCAUACUACAAAAUAAGAGCAUGCAGUUUCCAACUUGUGCUUUGAAAUUUAUCAGAUUUAUCUCCAGCACACAAAAGAUUCUUUUAGUGAUUAAAUCUAGCCGACAAAUAUGUAUUUAUUAGGAGAAAUCAAUGUCCCUGCUUCUGGGUUUUUUAAUGUGCUAAUUAGGGAAUUUUCCAUUAUAUUAUCUUGUAUAAAAAAGGAAUUCAUUUUGUAAUUGUAUGAUUAGUUCCCCCACAUUGUAAAAUUGUAUUUAUAAUACAGAAAUAUAUGAUAAAUAUAAGUAUGAUCAUUUUCAUAUGUAAUUAAAUCAAAUUGUAUUUUUGUACAUGUGCUGCUGCUGUUGCCAUAGAAACUAUAUUUGCUACAUAUUUCUAUUGUGUACAACAUUUGAAUAAAAUGCUCUCUUCCAAGA